UCAUUGCAAAAUGGCGGAAGCAUUGAGGAACGACGUUCUUGUAGACUAAACCAAAGAGAAUGGACUCUAAGGAGGUAAAAUCGAUUAAUCUAUGUAAUAUUAAAAGAAAAGCAAUAUUUACGUUAACUAUACGAUGAGAACGGAGUAUUUCACUUUACCGCUCGAGCUGUCAAUCAGCUUUUCUCUCCAACGGCUUCUUCAAGAUGACUAAGACACGAUGCGGAAGUCAUAGUCAAAAUGAAGGCGACGAAUUUCUGCGAAUUCGAUCAUAUCAAUAGAAUUUGAAGAAGGCCGCAGCUAAAGGUUAUCAUAUUUCCAAGUAUGAACAUUUUUAAUUGAUAGAUUGAACUCGGAAUAAGCAAUAAAAUUACAACCUCACAAAACCUCACCAAAUAUUUAAGGAGGUCUCCUGUUGUCAAGGAAACUUGCAAAAAGUUGGAUGCUGCAAGACUGUCAGGUGAUAUAUAUGACGAUGUCUCCGCUUGGUUGCAGCUUAAUGUGUGUAGUCUUCUGUAUUUGCCCUGUUCUAUUUCUUUCUAAGUACAGUAAAACCUGGUUGGUAAGGACAGCUGACAGACAUGCUCAGAGUGUCCAUGUUGUCUAGGUGUCUGUAUAAAGUGGGCUCUCAGAGUAGACUACAUUGACCAAUUUUUCUAUAGAUCACCAGUGUCCAUAAGAGAGAUUAACUUUGUAUAAAAAGCAUUUCUCGGAUCUUGUGGACGUAAGGUACGCCUCUGCCGAGUAUUGGUUGACACCAUCAACUGAUACUCAGUCAACAUGUCUUUAUCGACAUAUUGGCAGACUAUUGGUUGACAUGUUGACCAAGUCUUGGUUGAUAUGUCAGUUGACAUUAGUCAGCUCAGUGUCAGUCAACAUUUUAUUUUAUAUGUCACUUGACAGGCAUGUCUUUCUCAUACGAGGUAAUAUGUUGCUGCGGAUUGUAAAGUGGAUGACUUGUGUUUUGCAUUCGUGAUUUUUUGGGAAAUGAUAGGCAAGCCAAGGUGGAACUGUUUGCAAAAAUGUUUCUGUAUUGAAAGCGAAACCAAACUGCAUAUUUUUGUAACUUUGCAGUCCUUUACAAUCAGAUUAUGGUGACAUUAAUUUCUUGCACAGAGCCCUUUAAUUACAGUUUCAGAGUAUAAGUAAAGACCAGAAGCAUAGCAUCCAUGUAUGCACAUACGCCCGUGCAUUCAUGUACAGCUGAAAUGUAGAAAAAAAAUUAUUCUUUUCUGAAAAAGCAUUCGUUAUCAUUAAAUCAGGAUGGUUGAUACGUAUUAAACACUAUAUUGGUGUCUUUGUGUUAGCAUUUCCUUUUUCUUUUUAUUAUUCUAUGAUUCUGAUGACGUCACUGACCUUUUUUUCCCAUAAACAUUGUACCUUACCAACAACACCAGAGAUGAGUAAAAUGACGACUGACUUCUGCAUUUUCCUGUGUACUAAUUUGCUGAAAAUGUCCUGUGAAAACGCUGAAAAUGGCAUUCCUGAGACCCUAAAUUUAAGAAUUUUCUGGGGGAGCAUGCUCCUAGACCCCCCCUAGGUUGGGCUGGUUUGGCCUUCUUCCCCAUGUGUAUACACCUUCAAAAUCUCACACUACACCCCUGAAAACAACUUGUCUCCCAAGGUUAUGCCACAGGUCAUUUUGAUUUGCUGGUAAACCUUCUCUGAGUAAGUCUCUGUCCUGGCAUGGUGUCGGUUGAUGUGUCGGCCAACAUGUCAACUGAAAUUCAACCCCAUGUUGACUAAGUGUCGGCUGAUAUAUCAACGGCAUAUCAGUUGUUCGUAAAAUCCAACUAGUGGUCUAUUAUCAAUGCUGCAUUUUUAUUGAUUGAGCUACUACUAGGCUAUAUGUUAUAGCCCACUAGUAGCGAAAAGCACCAGUUUUUUGGCGGCAAAAAAGGAUUAAAGUCUAGCUUUAAGUAGCUAAAAUUUUUUUAUUCUUGAUAUUUUUGACAAACUAGUUGAAUUUUACUAAAACAAUCAAUCCUCUCGCCCUCAUGGCCUCUGAGUCAAUAGUCCAUUCGGCCUUCAGCUUCAUGGGCUAUUGACUCAGAGCCCAUUCGGACUCGAGGAAUAAUUGUUAAAUAGUGAUGACCAAAACUUGGCAGAGAGUUGUCUAAAGUACACAAGAUCCCUUUUCUCUUGGUCAAAUAAAUGUGUCCAAGGUCUAUGUUACCUAGUGUCCAAAUGCAUCAAGCAAGCAACUUUAAUGGAAAAAUGCAUGAGCUUUCUGUAGACACAGAGAAAACUGACUUUGUAAGCUUAUGUCCUUAGAUUGGCUUUCCACUCUCCUAGCAUGAAAAAAAGGACAGUGAGUAUGAAAAGGAUGAAAUGUUUUUCAUGCUGUCUGUCUUAUUGACUAUGCACAUUUUAUCUUCUUUUGCAGGUUGUCAUAAAAAUCCGUGAUCUAAAUCCUCAUGUUGUGUGCAGUCUGUGUGCAGGUUACUUUGUUGAUGCCACAACCAUCACAGAAUGUCUCCACACAUGUAGGCAUCUGCUCAAAAAAUUAACUUUGUUUUACACCUGGAAUUAUUAUAUGGCUGAAUCUGCAAGUGGGCAAGAUGAGGCAAAUCCUUGUUCUAAUUUGAUACCAAAGCGGGCAAAGCUCAUCUUGCCCGUUUGGGCCUUCCCACAUUGAUCUUGCAAGAAAAAGUUCUCUUUUUGGCCAUACAAUAUAAUAUCCAUUAUUGACAAGGCUUCUUCAUUCAAGAUGGCUGCUGGAUAUUGGCCCUUUCUUUUUUGUGAUCUUUGUCUUGGUCCAUAAAAAUACAACAAUCAAUAUCCAGCUACCUUGAACUCGCUCUUGGGCAAUAAUGCAUAUUUAUUGUGGCAAAAAUUUGCAUCCCACAAUGUUGUUAUUUGUCUCUGGAAUAGCUGUCAUCUAAUAAUUAUUGUACUAAAAAACCUUUGACGUCACAAUUAAUGAAACACAAACCAAUACCAUAUUUAUUCGAUUAAACUCCGCCCUCAAAUAAACGUUGCCCUCGAACAAACGCUAUCCUCAAUCAAACGCCACAGAUGGACGCAAAAUUACCAAUAAAUGUCACCCUCUAAUAAACACUGGGCCUAAUCAGAAGAAUGCGACAUUUACUCGAGGAUAAUAAGAAAAACCUCGGUACAACUUGGUAAUUUACACCAUCCAGACAUAUACGAUUCUGUGUCAGCAAAAUAAGGGAGACAUUGGAACCUUUAAAUUACAUAAUAUUCACAAAUGAUUUAAAAUAAUAACUGUUGUCAGCGAUUUGAAAAAUGUGAUGUUGAAAUAAACGCUGCCCUUGACUAAACAUUGUAUUAGAAACACUAAAAAUUUAAUAAAUGCCAUAGUGUAUAAUUGAAUUAAUACGGUAGCCACUGUCAAUGGAAAGAGUAGCUUGUCUGAAUAUAAUUCCAAGUAUAAAGCAAAGAAGGGUUGUUUACCUCUACGGGGAUGCCACACCUAACUGGGCACUUACUCCUCUGGCCCCAGUUGUUUAAAUGUUGGAUAGCGCUAUCCACUGGAUAAAAAUCUAUCUAGUGGAUAACGCAAUUGGUUUCCCUUAUACUUAUCAGCUGGAUUUAGUGAUUUAUCAGGUGGAUAGUGCUAUGCAACGUUUGAACAACUGGGGCCAGCUUUAUUGAUGUUGCUUUUGUUGUGCUUUCUUCCCUUCUUUCUUUUUUGGAAGAGAACUUUUUGUAUUUUAAUUUUGAAAGACAUUGUUGUGUCUUUGAUGAUGUUUCUGUGUGAUUGUGAGUUACCCUUGAAUUAAUACUGCAUUGAAAGAAGAAAUCAAAUUAAUAAGGGCACUGCUUUGAGUUCAUCUAGAAUCAUAUUAACAGCUACGAAAGAAAUGAAGAUCUGUUUGAAUUUAAACCUCUCUUUAAAGGUAAUGAGUUUAAGGGCACUGCAUAUUUCUUGAAGACUGAACUUGAUUGUUUUUUCAUUCUAGUUUGUAAAAGCUGUAUUGUGAAGUACUUCCAAACCAGCAAAAAUUGUCCAAUGUGCAAUCUUCAGAUACAUGAGACUCAGCCUCUCUUUAAUAUCAGGUAGAUCAUAAAAUAACAGGAUAUUUUAAGUAGCCUGAGAAAAAACCGACAUUUUGCAAUGCUGUCACUGGUUUCCCAGAAAAGUACCGUCAGAGGAAUGAGCGCAGAGAUUCCAUACUGUUGUUGUGUCACUACCUAGGUCUAGCUAGUUCCUCUGAUUGGUUGUACUAACAGGGAAAUUUGCCCCUGCCAAUCAGAAGCAUUACCCAGAUCUGGGUAGUGCUUCUGAUUUGUGGUGCUAAUUGAGAAAUUUGCUUUAGCUAAUCAAAAGCACUACCCAGAUCUGGGUAGUGAUGUGUCAUCCGUUUGGGGUUGUUAUAAAAAUGUUUACUCCAGAGGUUUGCAUCUUGAUAGCAGAAUAGCAGUAUAUCUAGGCCAGAUGCUUAGACAGUACCACAAAUGGAAAGUCCAUGAUUAAUUUAGUCAGAAACCAGUGAUGAGGCGAAUGACACAGAUGCUUAGGGUUUGAAUAAGGAUUUGUACUGGAAACAUUUACUCUACCUAAAGGCAUUCUGGGUUCAAGCAACAUCAUGUUAGUUUAUUAAAUAGAUGUCUGAAAUUUUUUAGGUUAGACAGAACAAUGCAAGACAUUGUGGCCAAACUGGUUCCUGGGAUCACUGAAGGUAUUAGUUGCUCAAGUAUUCACAAUAAUUGUUAUGAAACAUCUCUGGUCUAGUUGAGGAAAAGAAUGUUGAAGGUCAGAACACACAAGGUGACAGGAUGCUGCAACUUUGUAGUGGCAUCACUCUGCAAACAGUUUUCACUGCAACAAGUUGAACAAAAUCAAGUCAGAUUGAAUUUUUGUGACUUUUUGUGGCAAGAAAAUUCUGUUGUAGGGUCAAUUUAUCCUUGUGACAUGUCACACAACUUGUUGCCUCACCUGUACACAAGACUGAUUUGUUGCAGCAACAUGUUGCCUAGUUUGUUCCAACCUUAAAAAAGAUAUGUUGAAUCAAGAUUUUAACUACCUCAAACUUCUGUCAAUUAAUUUUUCAAACAAACUGUACAUUUCCAUUUGUUAAAUAGCUGAAGAGGCAAGAAGGAGAGAAUUUUAUGAGUCCAGAGGAAUGGCAGUAAUAAAGCGUCCAGGUAAUAAAUACUUUUUGCUAAAUUACAUAGGGGUCAUAGUUUGUUUACUGGUGAAAGAGAAUGUUACAGAAAAAUUAUUAUCAGUUUUAGAUUUGCUGGUAGAGUUGUGGUGGCCUAUUUUUAUUCAGCUGAUCAUUGGAUUGAACAAACCAUCAGCACAAAACAGCACAUUCUUUUGAAACUAUAGCCACUUAAUCCAUGAUAAUAAUAAUCACAUUAUUAUUGAAUUGGUUUUGUUACUUCAAAGCCAAAACAACUUCGAAUGAACAUAGACUGACUUUCCAUAAUCUCUUAACAGUUCUUAUAUCUCAUAAUUAAGCAAUUUGAUCCCUAAUAAGUUACAUGAUGGUCGUACAGAGGGGUCUCUGGCACAGUUCACAGACCAAAAAAUAACUACCAUAUUUAUUCGAUCAACCGCCCUGGGCGCUUAUUUAAUUUUUGGACCUUGAGAGUGGUCGCUUAUUCGAGGUGGGCGCUUAUUCGAGGCUGGGCGCUUAUUAAAUUGUCACCAUUUUCAGCAAGUGAAGUAAGUUUAUUUUGCAACAAAACAAUAGAUGCUAAUAACAAAACGCGAAGAAGUAACAACGCAAGGUCUCUGUAAAAUACUCUGAAGAAAACUCCGUCCUCGGGAAAGUCUCUUAUUAGAAUUUAUUCACUCAAGUGGGUGGGGUGGGGGUGAGCGCUUAUUUGAGUUUGAUUGGGAGGAGGAGGGGUGGGCGCUUAUUCGAGGCUGGGCGCUUAUUAACUUUUUCUGCCUUUAGGAUGGGCGCUUAUUCAAGGUGGGCGCCAAUUCGAGUUUGGGCACUUAUUCGAAUAAAUACGGUAAUCAGAAAUCAUGGACGUCAAAAUUUCAUUUCAGCUUUCAAGUCACGAUAAUCAGAGCAUGGAAAGUACUUUUUUCUUAUGCAAAGAAAAUUGUGGCCAAAAAAGUUUCUGACAAAACAGCUUGAAAGUGGCAAAGAUGGAAAGAAAGGUGGAAAUUUUCAUCAUGCUUUUUAAGUCUUUAUUCAUCUUCCAGAGGCCUCGAAACUAAAAAUCAGAACAAAAAUAAGUAAGUAGUAUUGUUUGAAAAUAUGUAUUUCCAUUGCAGGUUGUCAAUAAAAUCAAAAACAUUAUCAAUGAUUUGUCCACGACUUUCUGCAAAUUGCAAAAAUUAAUUCCCAGCAAGAAAAACACAAAAAAUCGCUGAUCUGCAAACAUAAAUUCCCGCAAAAAUUUCGUGCCACACUGUAGCUCUAUUGUUCUAUCUUUUAGUCUAUCUGAUGUUUUAUAUAUUUUGUGUCUUACAGAUGAAAAUGAGAAUGAAAGACCGCCAGUGGAGGACGUAGUCAAGAGAGACUACUCUGAAAACAGGAACAUGUACAGAGAUGAUGAACAAGUGUCACUUUGUGUUGAAAGAUAUGAAGAAAGGUCAUUGUGAUUCUCCAAUAUAGGGAGGAAGUCUUAAAAUGUCAGAUGUCUUCCUUCCCAAGUCUCUCAGGGGCACCCAAUGGCAAUUUUUGGAAAAUAUCGGUUCAGAAGAUGAUUUGAGAUCUAGAAUUUUCGGAACAUUUGUUGUAAAAUUUCUUGCUUGCCUGCCUCUGCUAGGAUUUUCGAACAUCUAAAAAAUGGUGUAAAUGCCCAUUUUAAAGGGAUUUUUACCCUAAAAAGGUCACCUAGAAUUUUCGGGAGCCUUUUUCCUGGCUGAAAUUUUCGAAAAGGUAAGUUUUGAUCGCUACAAUGUUUGGAUGACUAGACUUUCAGCUAGGAAAUCCGAACAGAUGAAAAAUUUUUAGGGGAUAAAAAUGUGCCUAUAUCUACCGUUUUAAUACUAAAAUACGUUCAACAAUGCUAUGUUUAAGUGGUUUUGAACUAUAUUCUCGUUGGGUGCCCCUGGUCUCUGUCUUUUUGUCACUCACAACCCCAUGAAAAACACUGGGAAUGUCAUUAUAAUGCGCCAUCCUUUUUUGCUUUUAAAACUAAGAUCUGCAGCUUAUAAAGGAACACUGUAGACUGAAUUUUAUCCUUAAUCUUCUUUUUCCAGCAAGGUGGAAGAAAAUGAAGAUGACACAGAAGAAAAUAGAACAACAGAAACUGUGGGGGUAAAUUGUCAUUGAAUUUGUUUUUAAAAUUGAAACACCAAACCUUCUUUCUAAGUAACUUGCAUUGGUGCAAAGGUUUUAGUAACUGGACUAAUCCAAAAGUGAAUCCUGUGUUCUGAUUGGUGGGAGUUCCCGUGUUAGGCCAGCAAGAGAAAGUCCUGUUUUUGUAAAGCUGAAAUGUACAGCCAUCAUUAUUUCAUGUUUAGUCAAUAAUAAUUCAUAUAUCUAGCCUGGCCGCCCUGUUUUUUUCCUGGGAUGUUGGGGGUGGGGGUGGGGGGGUAAGCACUAGAGAGAGCUCGUGUUUGUAGUGCAAUGCAAGUCACAAGAGUUGGAGGAAAGGGAUGGAGGGGGCAGGGGAUAUUUUCUUUCCCUCUGUCCCUCCCAUCACAUCUUCAACCUUUUGUCUUAAGCCUAACCCACAGUUUGUAGAUAAUUUGCACUUUCUACUCUCUCUAAUCUUCCUUUGCUUUCAAAAAUCAACUGUGGUGACAACGAGAGAGACUUAAAAAUGUACCUCCUGUGCAGGUUAUAAUUCAUUAAAAAUAUUUUCCCAGUGCCUAAUUUCUCAGAAGAGCAGUUUUCAACGAAGGAUCAAAAAUAAUAUCACAAUAAUAAUUGUUCUGCCCUUUUGGCACGUUGCUUUGUUGUUUGAUUGGCUUGAAACAACUGCAGGAAUUAUUAAAACUACAUGUAAACCAUGGAUUUGCAAAGGCUUCAUGUAGCCUGCAAGUAUAACAGUCUCUCCUCGCUUCUCACCAGGCUGUAUUUGCAGGCUUGAAGCUACAUGUUUCCUGACAUGUUUUUAUGAUGAUUGCUUCUUCAACUGACCACAUCUGCUGUGAUUUGUCGGUCAUAGUUAGUCAUUAUAAAAUUUAUUAGUUUUGACCCUGAUGUAAGCAAGUAUUCCUAACCUAUAGAUAUUCUUGAAGGAGCACAAUUCCCAUGUAUUUAUUUUGAUUUGCCGGUUUUUUGCAGAUACUCAGUAAGAAAUACUUGCGCUGCUCGGCUAGAAUGAUGGUCGUCCAACUCCAGAAGUUAUUGAGAAUGAAACUCAAUAUUCCAGGUGAAAAACAGGUUAGUUUCCAGUGCACGGAAUGCUGAAGAUUAUUCUCAUUGUACAAUAUUCAGUGUAGUCAGACUUCCUAAAUACAGGAUCCUUUGUUCUCCUUUUUAACAAUGAUAGUUAAGUGCAGCAGAGCACCAUGAGUGAGAAUAUUUGGUUAUCUAUGCAUCUAAGAAAUUUGGUUGUGACAAAAUCGUGCCCCCCCCCCCCCCCCCCCCCUCCCUCUCCUCCACUCUCUCCACCCCCUACUUCCCCAGCCCCAUCCCUCCCUAUUAUUUUUUUUUUUUAUGCUCGACACUGGCCAACACGGGACUCGCCCCCUCCUCUCCACCCUUCCCUAUACAUCCCCCCCCCCCCCCCCCCCACAUGUUAGUGACUGUGAGAUGUCACACUUACUAGCUUGGAGUCCAGAAUCCGUGUUAAAUUUUAUAUUGGUCAAUCGACAGCUGUCGCAAAAAGGUAUCCCCUGACCAGUGUCACAUGACUUCAUUGCGGUCUUAGGUGUACAAGUUAGGUGUUAAGGUCUGUGCUGACCAGAUAAUGGUUUUCAAUUGUUUGCAAGCUCAGAUCCAUUUUUUCAGGGGGAAUUCAUUUUGCGUCUUGCUAAUGGUAAAAGUUGACUUACUGCAGAAAGACUUCGCUUUUGGCCUUGCUCUGGUUAAAUCUAUCGAGUGUUUUCACGUGACGUCACGGCCGCCAUAUUGGGUUCCCAAAACAAGGAAACGGCAGCCAUGUUCCAAGCUAGUCCUGUGUGAGACGAACUUUUCUUAUGCAAACGCUUUUUUUUGUUUCCAAAAAUUUGCCUAGAUGCUGGCCACGUGAGUGAAAACGCUCUAUAUAUUAGAAGAUGUUCCUGUACCUGAUUUUUUUCAUGUCAUACAGGUGGAAAUUCUGUGCAAUGAACAUAUCAUACACCCAUUCAGAACGAUGAAAUUUAUUUGGAUAAGUGAAUGGUUAAACAAGGUACGUGAGAUAAUAAAAUGUUUGUUUUAUCAUUGUAAGCAAGGAAAUGACUUCCUUGUGUUUACCUUUGCAACGUUACGCCACAUGUUUAAAAGAGGGUAACACAAGAAUACGCGCAAGAAAGGAUCACAAAAGUUCUAACUUUCCCACGAUGUUGCAUUUGUAAAUUUGUAUUUUAAAUUCUUUGGCGCCAACACUAAAAAAGGGCCAAAACUUUAUUCUUCAUGUCACCUUCUGCUUGUACUUGACGGAAGUGUCAGUCUUUAUCGCAGUUAUAACCCACUUAUUGUUUGAAAUGUAGGCGAAUCCCCCGGAAGUUGAAUUAAAAGGGACCUGAUAUCCAAGUUCAGAAAGAGAAAUAAAAUUUCGUCGUUGCUUGUUUAAGGUGAUGUUACACGAGACGAUUCGCAACGACGAUUUUUAGCGUAACACAGCGUUGCAAUAUCGUUGCGACAUUGUUUGGAACGAUUACAACAUUGUUCCAGCAUUGCAACGCUGGUGUUGCUCUAAAAAUCGUCGUUGCGAAUUGUCCCGUGUAACAUCACCUUUACGUUCUACAUAAAGGUGAUGUUACACGAGACGAUUCGCAAGGACAAUUUUUAGCGCAACACAGCGUUGCAAUGUUGGAACAAUGUUGCAAUCAUUCGAAACAAUAUCGCAACAAUGUUGUGAUGUUGUGUUGCACUAAAAAUCGUCGUUGCGAAUCGCCCCGUGUAAUAUCACCUUAAAACGCGAGAUUUGGUAUUUUCACGUCGUAGUCGUGCAAACACGGCUCAGAAAUGUAAAAAAGUAGGCUACACGUGCAAAGUUGUUGUUUUGCUCAUUAAACGUAUUGUUUUUUUUGACGUUCUCGUUGCCGUUGCGUCGUUGGAUCUUAAGGUGAUGUUACACGAGACGUUUCGAAACGACGAUUUUUAGCGCAACACGGCGUUGCAACGUUGUUGCGACAUUGAUUCAAGUGGUUGCAACAUUAUAUAUAUUGCAAUGCUGUGUUGCGUUAAAAAUCGUCGUUGCGAAUCGCCUCGCCGCGCCGAUCUCGAAACCACUUUCGAGGAUGACAUGAUAUCGGAUAGGUUCUGCUGUGCCACACCUUUGUGCGUUAUGAAAAGGUAUUCGGACCUUAGCGGAAGUAAAUAAGUAGGCACGAAGACUGGAAUCCUUUAAGACGGAAGUAAAUAUUCAAGGUAUCUAAACUAUCUAUCUUGGGUUCUUACUAUUUGCAUAAAGAAGCCAGAAAUUCCAGUGGAAAUCAACCGGUCCAUGGUUUUCAAUCGAAAAAAGACUGAAAAAUAUCCGUUGUCGUUUGAGGCGAUGCCUUUUUUCUACUCUUACCGGUCUCUUCACCUAACUUGGCUGCACUUUGCAGUCAAGUCCCUCUCUUACAAGGUGUAAUUUAAUUGUUGAUUGACUAUUUUUGCGUAAGGAUAUUUAUAACCGCCUAAUUUCUGCAAAGGAACGGCAAGAAUUCCUUGCCGUCUAAGAUAAGUUCUUUGCUAGAAAAUGACUAGAUAGUCACAGUAUUAAGGUUACAUGUUUACUGUAUUUUGUACUAGCCUGCAAACAGGGAACGUCUCUUCGCUCAUCGCCGCUGAGAGACGUUUCGCGAAACGUCCCUCAGCGGCGGUGAGCGAGGAGAAACGUCUGCCGUUCGCAGGCUAAUUGUGGACGUUAAGUCUCUGCAUCCAUCUUUCUUGUUCUUCUUUUGUUUUUAGCAGCCGCCAAUGGUCCUGCAUUACCGUGUUCGAGGCCCGGCGUAAAAAGUACAGUAAGACAAGAUGUACUCUGGUAGCUCCCAGCGCCUGCUAUUCAUCGUCCCUUUCGGGACUGUCAUGAAAAAAAAAUGAGAUGAAAACCUUAUAACUACUAGUCUGCUACACAGUCGGUUUUAGUGUCGUUACGCAACGCUCCUCCCCACUAGCUGGGAGGAGCGUUGCGUGACGACAUUAAAAACGGCUGUGUAGCAGACUGUAUAACUACUUCAGCUGAGAGUUUAUCGUUGUUGGUCACAUUGCCUACAAAUGAAUUUACUCCAUUUUGAAGUCCAGUGGUUUGAAUGUUAAGAGCCUGUAACCUGUUGUUCAACAAGGCUUUGGUUAGAUCGCUGGCUUUUAAUAGCCACCGAAAUGUAUUACUAUAAUCAAGUCUAUUGUUCAUAGAGUAGAUUUUUUGCGAACUCUUUUUGUGCUGUAACGAGGAGAUUAGUGAAGGUAGGGGGAAAACCACAAAUCGGGCACCUACCUGACGAACAGUGAGCUAGUCAAUGGAGUUCUUCAUAUUUUAGGGAUGGGGGGAGGGGGGUGGUGAGGGAGGGAAGAGGGCUCCCACAAAGUCUCUCACAGACCGGUUACCUUUUGUAAGGUCUCCCAGGGGAGCUUGAUGUUGAGAGAAAGGGAGCGAGGUGAGAGCUCCCCUCAACACUCUCUGUCCCCUUCUUCCUCCUACCCCCUCCCUCCUCAUUCGUUCGCACUUGUUAGAGCCCUAUCCCCCAACAGGCCGCAAUUGAACGCGGUGCCUGAACAGUGAAACGCCUGUAACACCGAUUAUAACUUUAUAGGAACCAUCAUGUUGUGUUGAGUUUGGUGGCACUUGUUUCCAUAGGUUCUUUUGAAGAGAGAGAUACACGGUUGUAUCAUUAGUUUUUCUUCUCCUCUGGAUAAGACCCGUACGUUGUAGGUUAGAUAU